AAUACCGUUUAUUUUGUCCGCGAUACUAAACCUAUUUUGUCAUAACCUGUAUAAUGAAUUUCAAGCUUAUUUUGUUUAUAUCCCUCUUGAGUGUUUUAUUUUUAAAUUUUAGUUUCGCGCAGAACAAUAAUAGUAGUAGAUUAAACUCUAUCGCAAAUAUGUUUAGCACAAAACCGAAACCGCAACAGUCCGGAAACGGCGGCCCUCUUGAACUGGCAGAGAACGAGCGUAUGGAAGUCAAUAAAGAAACACCGAAUCAGGUACAAAAAACUGCUGGAGGUACCGCAAUGAAUGUAACCAAGAAUACAAUUAACUCUCUCAAAAAUAUGAUGAGAAAAAAACCAACACAACUAGUGGUCGAGGACAAGCAGAUCGACGAAGAAGUCAAAGAAGAAAAUAUACAGGGAGAAGAACAGACCGACGAAGAUUCAGCCAAAAUUGACGCUGACAAACAAUUUAUACUAGAUAAUGCAGACGCAGCAGGCAUUGGUCCGACUGUGGCCGACGAGGAAGUUCAUGUUGAAGAACAAGAGACACAAAACGACGAAGAUCUAGCCACGGUUGACGAUGACAAACAAUUUAUACUAGAUAAUGCAGACGCUGUAGACAAUGACCCGACUGUGGCUGACGAAGAAGUGCCCAUAACAGCUGCAGAUGAGAGCUCAAAGGAGAAACAAAGCGAAUACGAUCAAGGACAAGAGAAAGAAGUCAUCGAACCCGAAACGGAUACGGACAAUUUGGAAGUCAAUGAUCCUAAGCCAGCAUUGUUACCAGAAGAUGAACGGGAAGAAACCCCAGGCGAAGAACUCGAAGCAGAAAGUGGCAAAAACGAAGGUGGAGACGCUUCGGUCGCAAAGGAGGAUAUCAUGGAGACUAAUAAUGGCGAUGAUGAGAAUACGUUGAGCGACGAGGAUCACAGGGAACGGGUGUUCUGCGUGGUUUCGGGAAGUGCUGAUCCGCCAAUGAGGUAUUCCAGGGACUUCCCGACCGACAUAUGCCAUACCAUCGUUUACGGAAAACGCAUUGUCAUCGAUCAAAAGCAUGCGAUACCAAAAUUAAACAAAAAAGAUGCUGCAUUGAUAAAACAAUAUGCGCAAAAUAAGGACAAUUUACUAUUCAUUGUAAUAAUGACACAUUCGAGUUAUUCGAACUGGUCGCUGGCGCUGUCGGGAAAAGGAUUGGACAAAGAAGUGGAGGUCGUGGUGCAGUUUGUGAAAAAACACAAAGUCGCAGGUGUGCAAUUUGCUAACCUCUAUCCCCAAGUGGGCGAAUCAAUUGACACGGAUAUGACAUGCAAACUAAUACAUUUUUUCACCAAGCUCACUGAGAAAAUGGCCGACUUGGGAAUAGGAUUGGAAAUAAACGCGUUCGAACCGACCGUGGCAACAAGUUUCCCGUAUGUGGAUAUAAACAAGCAUGUCGAUUGGUACGUGCUGAACACAAUCGAUAUGGUGAAAUGUUCGCCGGCUUACUUAACCGGAACGAACCCAUUGAUGGGAGUAUACAGCAUACAAAACUCAGUGCUUCAACUGUUGGCGUCGUCUUCGAUCGAAGAGGAAAAAGUCGUAAUAGGUCUGCAAAUGUUUGCGACCGCGCCCGACGGAAAAAGACAUUCGUACGGACAAAUGUGUAAGAAAGCCAAUAACAAUACCAAAGAAUGGUGCGCCGAAUCGUCGGAAACGUUAUACUUAAAAGGCUACGCCAUGAGGUUUUUGGAUAUACUAGGCGUUCAGCUGUACUACGUGGACACGGACGAUUUCAUGGGCUGGUGCGACUGCGACUUCUAUCCGGGUUUCAGGGCUUUGCACGCCGGCCUUUGGAACAUCCCUCUGGAGUCUGUCACGUGUCAGAAAUUGGGCCACACCGAAGCAGGUCAACCGGCCGUUUGUAAACUGACCACUGUGCCAGCUGCUGUAUCCGUCGACCAGGACGAUUCCACUUGAUGAAACCCCUUUGAAAGAAACGAAACACUUAAAAAAAAAAAAAAAAAUCGAAAAUCGAUUGUACAUGUCCAACGUUGUUUUCCUAAUGAAUACAUAAUUGCAAACAUUUCGACUUACAAAAUACAUAUUUUGUCUUUGACCAAAGGCCCGAUUCGGGGCAGUGUGUUCGGAUCAGCACCUUCAGCUCAAAUGUCAGCAUUUCAUACCUUAAGAUUGUUUGGUAAAAACAUUAAUUACUAAACUAAUAAUUACACACGACCAGCGUGUGUUUAGUACGCACUAACCUUUAAAUAUUAUUCAGGCCAUCCAAAUUGGACUUGUAUAAUAUCACAGAACACACGAAUCUAAUAUUUUUCAAUUCCCCGACUUUGUCUUCGAACCCGUUAUUGCCGUCCGUAAUAAUAUAACUGCAACACAUAAUACAAAAAUAAUGUAUGUCGGUACUACAAUAAUUAUUAUUGCUAUUUCGAGUCACACGCGUCGCUUCCUUAACCGGUUUCCUGGUUAGGAUUAAGACGGCUAAUCUUCGCAAUACUUUCAUU